UCCCGUGUUGUCCGCCAAGCGUCUCUGGGUUUUGUUUCAAUGGGAAGAACAAGUGACAAAAUGAAACGGCGGACUCAUUUAAUCACUGCUAUUUAAUGACCCAGAGCCACCCAUUCGUCUAAUAGCCGAAUGUGAUAUCGCUGCGUGUCAGAGAGACGGGUGCCGUGGACUGGAGCUGAAGUCAAGGCUGCUUUUGUGGCAGCAUCCGUGAUUAAGAUUUCCAGGCAGCGCAACAGCCAUGUUGACCUUCUGCUGUUAUAGUCACACAACCUCCAGAUUUUUUUGGUCACCGGCCAUCUUGGUCUUGCUCCUACUGCAUUGUCUAGUAGCAGCUCAGGACGAUGUUCAGACCCAGUCCUCCACCCAGGUGCUCAAAGACUUGUUGGCACGCCAUGGAGAAAACAGCACUAUCACUGUGCCACAGCUGCGUUCUCUCCUGGCCCUUCUGAGCCAGGGCCAAAGCGACGGCAACGCCCACGAGGGACACAAAGAUGUGAGCAUGACGACAACUCCCCCUAAAUUGAACAAAUCCAAGUGCUUGCCCGAGGCUACAUUGGCCAUCUACAGCAUGGAUGAGCAGUCUCGUCUCGAUGGGAUUGGGUUGCAGGAGUUGUGCCCCACCAUGCUGCAGCAACUGGAUGCCGGUGCGUGCCAUGACCUCAACCUAGACGACCUGAGCACCGAUGCCUCGCCAAGGCCUACUGAUGCUGAAGUGUGGGGCUAUGGAUUCCUGAGCGUGACACUCAUCUCGCUGUGCUCGCUGUUGGGGGCCUGCGUGGUGCCCUUCAUGAAGAAAACCUUUUACAAGCGCCUGCUACUCUUCUUCAUUGCCCUGGCCAUCGGCACGCUGUACUCCAAUGCCCUUUUUCAGCUCAUCCCAGAGGCCUUUGGCUUUGAUCCUAUGGUCAACUUCUAUGUGUCCAAGUCUGCAAUGGUGUUUGGAGGCUUUUAUCUCUUCUUCUUCACCGAGAAGAUCCUCAAGAUGCUCCUCAAACAGAAGCACACAGGUCACGGCCACAGUCAUUACUCCAGCGGCAAGCACUACUCUGCACCCGACAGAGACAUGGAGGAGGGUGAAAAGGUGCAACAGAAUGGGGAGAUCAGCAGUGGCCAUGCUGUGGGAAAAAUAGACGCUGACGAGGGCGAGCACAUGCUGCGCCCCUCACAAACACCACAGGACUCGCAGAAUGUGGAUGGUGGCGGGGGACGGGCCAGCAGAACCGCGGGCAGCUGCUAUUGGCUCAAAGGGACACCGUACUCUGACAUCGGCACACUAGCCUGGAUGAUCACGUUGAGCGAUGGCCUGCACAAUUUCAUCGAUGGCCUUGCCAUCGGCGCCUCCUUCACUGCCUCAGUCUUUCAGGGCAUCAGCACAUCGGUGGCAAUUUUGUGUGAGGAGUUCCCCCACGAGCUUGGUGACUUUGUAAUUCUGCUGAAUGCUGGCAUGAGCAUCCAGCAGGCGCUCUUCUUCAACUUUGUAUCUGCUUGCUGCUGCUACCUGGGGAUGGCCUUUGGUAUCCUGGCUGGAAACAGCUUCUCCCCCAACUGGAUCUUCGCCUUGGCGGGGGGGAUGUUCCUCUACAUUUCUCUGGCAGACAUGUUUCCCGAGAUGAACGAGGUCAGUCGCGAGGAGGAAGACGCCGGCGGCAGCAGCUUCCUGAUCACCUUCGCCAUUCAGAACGCUGGCCUGUUGACGGGCUUCUCCAUCAUGCUGCUGCUCACCACCUACUCUGGAGAGAUCCAGCUGGUUUAGCCGGUAUUUUGGCUCCCGGAUAUCAUGUGACUAACGACGGUGAACUUUCAGAAUGUGAGCGAAAGGUCUGGUUUCUGCUAAAUUCUUCCUUUCCUUUGUCUUGGGUUUCAAAACUCCCCCCCCCUACGUGAUGAAGAGGAGAUGCAUCAGAUCCUCUCCCAUCGCUAAAACUAUCGUAAAACUCUCUUCAUUUGUCAGCAAACAGUGGUCAAUAGGUUAAAAAUUUAAAGCGAUGAAGUCAUCCAAAGAUCAGAAAAGUUUCUCCUCAUUGCUUUUAAUUCUACUUUUAAAAGGUUAAAUGGCUUAGUAGCUAAUGCUAAUUGUGCUAUCAAAGCAGUAUCAACUUGUAUGGAUUUGAAGUCCUUCUCAGUGACUCUAUGUGCGUAUGCGUGUGUGGCGUGCGCGCCCCGCUUACAUGUGUAUUUGUGUGUUUUCACCAGGUGUUUAUAUGGAUGCCACAAUUGAGUAAAUAUAGCAAUUGAAAUCUAAAUUUAUUCAAAUUUAAAUAGUUCAUGUGCUUUUCCAUUUAAUUAAUUACAGGUUGCAGGCUUAAUUGGACUAUUUACGAAUUCUUUUCCCCAUCAAAUUAAUGGAAAAUGUAAUAUACAGGAAUAUUUUUGUAUUCAAUCUAAUUGUCACAGUUAUGGAUUUAUCAUAUGUAUUAUACUAUAAACCAUAACGUGGCACAAUUUACUAAAUUACAAAAUGAUGUAAUUCAUUAAUUUGUAUUCAUAAUUCUAUCAAUAUUUUUAAAUCAUUGUAAAGACUACAAAUAUUACCUCAUUAUAGUAAUUAACAUAAUACAUAAGGCAAUUGAAUAAAAUCAGAUUUAUAUCAUGAGUUUACUCCCAUAAUAUUAUUAAUGAAUGUAUCAAAGGUCUAAUCCAGAGGACCUGUAUUUUAUUUGUCUAUCAUACAAAUGUAGCUAAAAUUUCGAUAAAAAAUAUUUUAAAAAUUCUGAACACAACAGAAAUUAAAUAAAUUAGCGUCAGUCAGUCUCAAGAUUUUGUUCAAAAUGUCACUUAGAUCCGUCAAGUUCCGUAACUCCCCAGAAUGUGAGAUCACAUGUAGACAAAAUUUAGCCAGAGAGUGAAAAAGCUAGGAAAGAAUGUGAGGAAGUGUCCUGUAUACUGCUGUUCAGCGUCAAACGCUGCUUACGUGAAUGACCGAAAGAUGAACAGGUAGACAGGUUAUGGACCAGGUUUGUGAAGACAAAGUGGGCGCAUUGGACUUACAAAUCAAAGUGGACAGUAAAAUGUUCCAAGCAUUUCAUGGAGGAUUGCUUUGAAAACUAGGUACAGCGUUCACUUGGCUUCGGUAGCAAAUAAGUACGUACGUGUUCAAUUGUUUAGUAUUGACAAGUAUCUACCUCGUUUUAAAUGUAAGUACAAUACUGAUACUGAGAUAUAUGUCAGCUAAUAUCCGCAUCCAUGUGAUGUUUAGGAGCUGAUGAAAUUUGGACACUCUAUAAAGUUAGUGUAAUGUUGACACUGAGGUCUUCCUGAAAUUCGACUACGGCAGUGUGUGCUCUCAAGUGUUAGGUGCAUUAUUUAAAAUGUGUUAAAUGCAUGUAAAUAACGCAAAGAAUGGCCUAUAAACGUGAUCUUUAAAUGCAGAACGAAACCGAAGGUUUCGAUUUUUGUUUUAUGCCGACUCAGUUGCUAGUACAACAACGACAAACGAUUCACUGUUGUGUGUAAGCAGCAGCAGAUGUUGAAAAGUGUUUGAAUUAGAUUAUUUCGUCAACAAGAUGUAGAAUUCUUGAGGCACCUACCAGUCUGUGCUUUGGGUGCGAAGUUCCACGUCAACUGCGUCACAUCUCGCCGAAUCCUAUCUUGUGUUGUAUUCGUCAACUCAAAUUCAAACAUAUAUGGUUUAUUUACACCUGCAUGGGAUAUUUUUCAAACAUGGGAGGGAUUAGAAAAUUCCUCCUCUUCAGUUCCCAUCUCUUCCACAGAGCAUUCCAUAAAAACUUCAUCACUGCUGUCUAUCUCCUCUAGAUCUCACUCACAGCUUGUAUGAUUCUUUACUGGGGUUGUCUAGAUGUGAUGUCACACUGAAGCAGCUUCUACUGAGCCUCGGUUUGAAACAGCCAUCGGAGGCAUUCAGAUUACAAAACACGUGCACUUUGGCACUAAUUUAUUUCAUUUCUGUUGUGUUGAGAAUUUUUUAAAUAUUUUUUAAGGAAAAAUCUGUUUGUGUGAUACAUAAAUAAAAUAUAGGUCCUCUGGAUUAGACCUUUUAAAAUGUGAACGACUCCUUUCAUGUAGUGAGGUCCCCAUUCAUUUGGGGCCAUAUUCUCAUUUGUGCUAAGUCAUUUUUUGCUACGCACCUGGCCUUCAUACCUUCAAACGAUGUGCAUUCUCCUGCAAUGACUUCUAAGGUCCAAUACAACAAAUAUUGUAUUUCCUGGAGCGUGGCGUUUUCCUGAAAUGUGAAUGCCAUUUAAAUUUAUUUGGAAAAUGUAUCAGUAGUGCUGUCAUGAUUGCAUCUCCUUGCAAUCGAUUAUUCUCUGGAUAAUUUUGUCGAGGAACUGAUGUGGGUUUUUUUUUUUUUUUUUAA